UGGCUCUUUUACAAUUUAAUAUAGAAGAGGAGAUCAGGUUGAAAUAGCAAAUUGCAGACUUGCAGUACAUUGUUAAAGGUAGACUAGGCCGCAGCAAAAUGUUGAACUGUUAGCUGUGAGAUCCUGAGAUGGCGUUUUUACCAGAGUAAGAAAGAGUACUAAAGCAAAACGAGAAUCCUGCCACCGUCCCAUUCCCAUAUGGCCUAAAAGUAAAAGAGAAAUCCUUAUUAACAUAGAAUAGAUGAUAUUUUUUCCUGCAAAAUGACACAUAGAAACCCACGUGGGUUCAAAAAAAGCUGUACUUCUCAUAACUCGAUUGCACUUGGCGGUUUAAGGUCCUCGCACCUCAAUAUAUUAUUUGCGUCAGUUUGUUUUUCUGACGUUUGCCUUUGCCUAAGGGAAAACUUUUAUGCUUCCUUUAUGAGUCUAUAAAUUCCCACUCACCCCCCCCUCUUCUUCCCAUACUCAUUCCGUCAAACACCAUUCUUUCUCUUGAAAUUGGAAAAUGGCAUUAAUUUCUGGGCUUUUCUUGGUGGGAUUUCUUUCUUUGAUCUCUUUUGUUUCUGGGGAUAAUGGUGGUUGGGUUAAUGCUCAUGCUACCUUCUACGGAGGUGGUGAUGCUUCUGGUACAAUGGGUGGGGCUUGUGGGUACGGAAACCUAUAUAACCAAGGAUAUGGAACAAACACUGCAGCUUUAAGCACAGCCUUGUUCAACAAUGGCUUCAGCUGUGGUGCUUGUUUUGAAAUAAAGUGUACAGAUGACCCAAAGUGGUGCUUGCCUGGCUCUAUUGUGGUCACAGCCACCAAUUUCUGCCCUCCCAAUAAUGCUCUCCCUAAUAAUGCUGGGGGCUGGUGCAACCCUCCCCAGCAUCAUUUCGAUCUCUCUCAGCCUAUCUUCCAACGAAUUGCUCAGUACAGAGCAGGGAUUGUGCCUGUCUCUUACAGAAGGGUACCCUGCCAAAGGAGAGGAGGAAUCAGAUUCACCAUUAAUGGACACUCAUAUUUUAACCUAGUCUUGAUCACCAACGUUGGUGGUGCAGGAGAUGUUCAGGCAGUUUCAGUCAAAGGUUCAAGAACUGAUUGGCAACCCAUGUCAAGAAACUGGGGUCAAAAUUGGCAAAGCAAUUCAUAUCUUAAUGGUCAACGCCUGUCAUUUAAGGUCACAACUAGUGAUGGAAGGACUGUCGUCUCUAACAAUGUUGUUCCUGCUGGAUGGUCCUUUGGUCAAACCUUCACUGGUUUACAAUUCUGAUUAAAAAAUUAAAACUAAUCUAUAAAUGAUAAUAAUUAGUUAAUUUAGGUAAAAAAAACAAAAAGGGAAAUGAGCUCGUUUUAAAUUAGCACAUUUUCAAUUGAUAUUUUAGAUUUGAACAUGUUGGAGGGUUAGGUUCUGUUAUGUUCUGCUAGCUUUUGAAAAGGCAGACUGGAAAUUUGGCGGAGGUGGGUAUUUAAUAGAUUGAAUAUAUAAAUUUUAAAAAACCAAUUAAUUAAUUUAGCAGAAAUAGUCGAAAUAAAUUUCGCGUCAUAUAUAUCAGAAUUUUGUAAUAUUUAGCA